AUAACCAAGAAGUUUUUCCUGAUCUUUACUCCAGACAAUUAGUAAAUAAUGUGAUCCGUUGAUUUUAUUGUUACAAAAAGAAAACAAUUAACAAUAAAUCAAGGCGAAUCACAUCUUAAUCAUUUGAUCACCUUUUUGUCGACAAUGUGAUUAAUUUGUUAAUAGAAAAACGUCUCACCAAUUGGGUUCGGUUCCUUUUUUUUUGUUUCUAUUCUUGUGAAGGUAAACCAAGUAUUGGAUUCUGAUACUCUUGGUACUUGAUUAUUUGAAAGAGAGUUGAUUAUGUUUUCAACUGUUGUUCGAAGUGAAAUUUAAUAACCAACAUUUCCUUGGAAGAGUCUAAAUAUAAAGGCUUCACUGUGGACAAUUAGCUGAGAAUCAAAUUACAAAGAUCAAAGCAACUAUUCAGUCUGUUGUUUUCUAAUUUGUGGUAACAAUAUUUUGUUGUUUCUUGUUUUCCCUUUUCUGUUUCGGAUUAACCAUAUUGGUCAAGUUUUCAUUGUUUUUUCAACUUAAAUUGAUUCAAUUGUGAUUAGAUUUUGUUUCAAAGUGAAAGUGUCUCCGAUCUGAAGGAAAUGUCACCGCCGAUUUCAUCAGUUAAACCCAAACAUUACAAGAGGUUACCAAAAAAUGUGAUUCCCUCAUUGUACAAAUUGGAGGUGACACCGGAUUUAGAGAAAUUUGUCUUUUCCGGUAAAGUGGACAUCGAGGUAUUUGUACACGAAAGCACUGAUUUGAUUGUCGUCAAUGUCGCUGAAAUUGAGAUUCAAAGGGCAACCUUUAAAUCUGAAUCAGGGGUGACUCAUCAAGGACAAGUGACCAUUGACACGGUUGAGAAAAAGGCCAAUAUCAAAUUUGCCCAGAAACUUAAAACUGGAAAUGGUGUCUUAUCGUUUAUAUAUUCUGGGAUUCUCAAUGAUCAAAUGGUUGGUUUCUAUCGUAGCAAAUACAAGGGACCAAAUGGAGAGGAUCGAUAUGGUGCUCUUACCCAAUUUGCGGCCACUGAGACUCGUCGGGCUUUUCCAUGUUGGGAUGAGCCUUCAUUCAAGGCGAGAUUCGAGGUGACCAUUAUUGCUCCGAAAGACCGAACAGUUUUAUCCAACACUGAUCCAGUUAAUGAUAUUCCACACCCAGAGAAUCCAAAUCUUAAGAUUGUUAAAUUCGCUCCAUCACCAGUUAUGUCAUCUUAUCUCGUUGCUUUCGUAAUUGGUGACUAUGAGUAUGUGGAAACGACUACUAAACGUAACACACGAAUACGAGUAUACACACUGGGGAAAAAAGAUCAAGGGACAUUCGCACUGAAAGUGGCCUCUGAAUCUCUCACUCUUUAUGAAGAUUUUUUCGAUAUCCCGUUUCCCUUGGGUAAAUUGGAUCAUAUCGGAGUUGCUGAUUUCGCUUAUCAGGCCAUGGAAAAUUGGGGUGCGAUUAUGUAUCGAGAGAUGAGAAUCAUUACUGAUCCUUUAAAUACUUCAUCUUCUACCAAAGAAGGUAUCGCAUUAACAGUUUCUCAUGAAACUGCUCACCAAUGGUUCGGUAAUUUAGUAACAAUGGAAUGGUGGACUGACCUUUGGCUCAAUGAAGGAUUCGCCCGUUUCACUGAAUAUCUUGCAGUGGAUAAAAUUUUCCCUCAUUUUGACAUUUGGUCUCAAUUUGUUGCUUGCGUAUCACUUCCUACUCUUGAGACCGAUUCUCUUCGUAACAGUCAUCCCAUCGAGGUACCAGUUUAUCAUCCAGAUGAUAUUGACUCGAUUUUCGAUCAAAUUUCCUAUGGAAAGGGAGCAUCAGUAAUUCGCAUGUGUUACAAUUGGAUUGGAGAUAAGGCUUUUCGUAAAGGAUUACAUGAGUAUCUUGAUAAACAUGCUUAUGGAAAUGCUGUUACUCAAGAUCUAUGGGACUCAUUGGAAGCUGCAAGUAAUCAACCUGUUGGAAAGACGAUGCCCACAUGGACUAAACAACUCGGUUAUCCGGUGAUUAAAGUAGAAUCAAGACAAGAUGGAAACAAUCGUGUUCUUAAAUUAGAACAACAAAAAUUCUCUAUUGAUGGAGUAUUAACUGACGAAGAGAAACAAAUGAUGUGGAUGAUUCCAAUCUCCAUAAUCACUUCUAAAGAUCCAAACAAAGUCGCCUUAUCAACUCUUAUGACUGAAAGAACAACCGAAUUGAUUAUACCAAAUGUGUCUCCAAAUGAUUGGAUUAAACUCAAUCCAAAAGUGAUGGAUUUCUAUCGAGUAAAUUAUUCAACUGAAAUGUUGAACCAAUUUAAAUCAGCAAUUUCAGCGAAACAAUUAGUAGCUGUUGAUCGAUUACAGAUACUUAAUGAUUCAUUGGCUCUUGCACUUUCCGGUAAUAUCUCUACUCGAGUUGUCCUUUCACUCCUUGAGUCUUAUUCUGAUGAAGACAAUUAUUCAACUUGGGUCGCUAUCGAUAAUUGUUUCGGUAAACUGGGCUCGCUCCUUUCUUAUACUGAUUUAACUGAUAAAUUCAACGCACUAGGAGUAAAACUUUAUUCAAAAAUAUUCGAUAAACUUGGAUUCGAAUCGAAAGACCCUAACGCUCAUACAGAGAAUCUCCUAAGAGCUUUGGUUUUAAUCGUUUGGUCUCUUUCAGAUACGAACCAGUAAUUAAAGAAUCUUGGUCACGAUUCAAGAAUCAUCUCGAAGGAAAACCAAUAAAUCCCGAUAUUCGAAGUUGUGUUUAUCGAGCAGUCGCUUCUUCUUGUGAUGAUCAAACUUUCGAUUCUUUCUAUAAGUUACAUCGUGAUUCAGAUCUUAUCGAAGAGAAACUCAGAUUAGUUCAAUGUAUGGGGAGCACCAAUGAUCCAGCUCGAAUGCGACGACUUCUCAAAUUUACACUAUCGGAUCAAGUGAGAUCUCAAGAUGCUUGGUUAGCCAUCAUUGGUAUCGCUUCCUCGAAGCUGGGACGAGAUGAAUCUUGGAAAUUUUUCAAGGAAAAUUCAGUUGAAUUUAAAAGACGCUACGGAUCUCAUUAUGCUAUUGUCCGGUUAAUUGAGAAUAUUCUUAAAGGUUUUGCCUCCGAAGCAGAAGCCAAAGACAUUGAAGAUUUCUUCAACAAGAAUCAUUUCUCUGGUCAAGAAACAACAGUAGCCAAAGGGUUAGAUUGGAUAAGGACCAAUACAAAUUGGAUGAAACGAGAAGUCGAUGAUCUUAAAAAGUUUUUCAAAUGAUAAACUGACCACAAUAAUCAAAUUAAGCGGAAACAAAACUCAAUCAAGUUUUUGGUUUGCAUUUUUUCAUACAUUUAGUACUUUUGGUACUUUUUAUUGCUUAUUACAUAUGAUACUUUCAUUGUAGAGCCUGUCAAGGCAAUUUUAUAAUCUCUCCUUUUUCUAGUUACCAAUUGGUCCUUAAAAUUUGAUAUCGAUCAUUUUUUUAAUCAAUUGGUAUUUACAUAAUUGAGUAAAAAAGGUAGAGAAAAAAGAGAGAGAAAGAGAUCGACAAUUAUGAUUACCUAGAAAGAAUCGUUUGUAGACUUUGUCACAAGGAAAGUGAAUUGAAUAGAAACAAUUUAAGCGAUUUGGUUUAAGAUUGUCAAUACCAGUUAAACAUUAAAUGUGAAAUGAUAUUGAAA